AUGGCAUCUUCAUAUAAGAAAAAAGGAAGGCCAUAUAGUAAAGAAGAUAUUUCUUCAGCCAUAAAAGAGGUGAAAGAUGGAGCUUCACUCAGGCAGGUAGCAUUGAAAUAUAAAAUGGAUAAAAUGUUUCUGCACAGAAGGGUACAUGGUACUCACUCAGGUGUUCAAGGUAGGAAAACAGACUUGACAGCAGAUCAAGAAACAACUUUAUCUAAUCACUUGAAGACACUUGCUAAAUGGGGAUUUCCAAUAACAAGAUCUGAACUGUUGCUGGUUGUUCAAGGAUUUGUGGGACAAAAUGGUUUGACCACUCGUUUUAAAGAUGGAAAACCUGGUUCAAAAUGGUUCAGACAUUUCUUAGUGAGUUGCUAUGAUCCUUUUAUUAUUUAUGAUUUCUAUGACAAAUUAGAAGCAAUAUUGGAAGAGCUGGACAUCAAAGAUAAACCAGCCAAUAUAUGGAAUUUGGAUGAGACAUUCUUUUCAGCUGAUCCUUCCAGGGUACAAGCUGUUGGAGGUAUUGGUCAGAAGUUUUCCUGGGAUAUUCAGGGUUCUGUAAAAGACAAUACAACAGUGCUUGCUUGUGUGUCAGCUGAAGGCAGGGCUCUUCCACCACUUAUCAUUUUUGAGGGGGUACACCUACGGAGCUCCUGGAAGGGAGCACGUGAUUUAUCUGGCACAUUUUAUUCAACUGCUGUUAAUGGUUUCAUGACGUCAUUGAGCUACUUCAGUCAUUUCCGUGACAUUGUGAAAGAGAGCCCUUUACUUCAAUUGUUGGAUAGUCACCUUAGUCAUUUAGAUCUCACAGUAAUUGAAAAAGCAAGGAAUAAGAGAAUUGCAGUCAUGAAGCUACCCCCACAUACAACUGACCAGCUGCAACCUUUAGACAAGUGUUGCUUCAAGCCUUUUAACCAUCGAAAUCAGAAUUUGUGGAUCUUGUGUGUAAACAGUGAAUCAUCAGCAAGUUUUGAAAAUUUACUCCUUCAGAGAAAAGUAAUAACUUCAGAAGAAUACAGCAAACUCAUUGCUGAAAAAGAAAAGCCUCCAAACAACAAAGGAUAA